CGCCUUCUCCGGUCUGUGGCGUCGGUAGGCAUUCUGCAGGAAGAGACUCCCACCGAGGAGAAAAAGGGACGCCCUCCUUUUUAUCCACCCGCUGCUGGCGGAUAACGGUAUCCAAAAAGUUAUUCAGGGCCAACGCAGACAAUAGCGCCGUUACUGAUUUAAUGUAGCUAGUCAUGUGGUAGGCUACUGAAGAUCUCCUUCAAUAGAAUAAAAUACCAAACACGCUAAUGCUGUUCAAAAUACAGUUUUUCUCACAUCAAGAGGAAGAAACUCAUUUGAGAUACCAUGGAUAAUUUGGUGAGUGUGUCUGUCUCCCUUCAGGACUGCCUGAGCCUCCUAACUACCCUCUCAGUCCUCGUAUUGUUGUCUUUGAUGCCCUCCUAGCUGACCUGGAGAACACCACCUCUCCUCUAGCCAGGUGUCCUGUCCUGCUGACCUCUGACCCUCCAGUGGCCCCUGACCCUGCAACCUCCGCCCCCCAGGACCCUGCCCAGCCCAGGCCCCCGCCCCCGGCCUACACCCCCCAGCAGGAGAGAUGCAAGCAAAGAUGAGAAGAACCAAGGCAGCCCAGCUUCACUGCUGGUAACUGGAUCCUGGAUUCAGGAACACUUGAAUACGGUUUCAGCUGCCAUGAAGUCCAACGGCUCGAAGAACCCAGUCCCAGACAAGCUGUACAGUACAGUAAACAAGCCUCGCUCGCCCCGUGCGGUGGAGCCCCCCCCCCCAACCUUCUCCUCGUCCUCUGUGCUGGGGGCGGGGCUGGGGGCGGGGCUGAGUGAACUGGACCACCUGCUGCAGGAGCUCAACGCCACGCAGUUCAACAUCACAGAUGAGAUCCUGGCUCAGUUUCCCUCUAAGAAGGACGAGAUGAAAGACUUCCAGGGGCCCUCCCCCUCCUCCAGCCCAGGGAAGCCUUCAGCCACCUCAGCCACUCUGGAGCUGGACAAGCUUAUGGCCUCCCUGUCUGACUUCAGAGUCCAGAGCACGCCGCCUGCACCUGUCAAUCAAGUAGUCACCGUGCCGCCACAGCCAACCCCGCCCCCCCAGGCCUCAUCCGGAGGCUCAUUGGACAGCAUGCUGGGACUCCUCCAAUCAGACCUGAGCAGGCAGGGGGUCCCCACCUCCUCCAAGGGGAACUGCUCAGCCUGUCAGAAGCCUGUGGUGGGACAGGUGGUGACGGCGCUGGGGCGGGUGUGGCACCCAGAACACCUUGUGUGUACAGAGUGUGAGACGGAGCUGGGCAGUCGAAACUUCUUUGAGAAGGACGGGCGGCCGUACUGCGAGGCAGACUACUUCACCUUGUACUCCCCUCACUGCGCACACUGCAGCAAGCCCAUCCUCAACAAAAUGGUCACCGCCCUGGACAAGAACUGGCACCCCGAGUGUUUCUGUUGCGUCAAGUGCAGCCGGGCGUUUGGGGAGGAAGGUUUCCAUGACCGCGAGGGCCAGCAGUACUGCCAGCAGUGUUUCCUGUCUCUGUUCGCCUCACACUGCCAGGGCUGCUCCCAGCCCAUCCUGGAGAACUACAUCUCAGCUCUCAGCGCUCUGUGGCACCCACACUGCUUUGUGUGCAGGGAGUGCUACAGCCCGUUCGUGAACGGCAGCUUCUUCGAGCACGAGGGCCAGCCGCUGUGUGAGGCUCACUACCACCAGUCCCGGGGCAGCCUGUGCCAGGCCUGCCAGCAGCCCAUCCUGGGACGCUGCAUCACUGCCAUGGGCGCCAAGUUCCACCCCCACCACCUGGUCUGCCACUUCUGCCUCAAGCCGCUCAGCAAGGGCUGCUUCAAGGAGCAGGAGAACAAGCCCUACUGCAACCCCUGCUUCAUCAAGCUCUUCGGCUAACCCCCCCCCCCCCCACCCCCCUCCCUGAGGUGAACUCCACAUCUGAGAGAGACCAGCCAGGACUAAAGCCAUGAUUUUACAAAAAAGAUAUAAAAAAUGUUUAUGGUGUUGUACUUCAAUUCAUUCAUGUACUGUAUUGAUUCAAAUUGAAUAUUGACCACUGAAUUGUUCAACAAAAGAAGGUUUGGAGAGAUGAGUUAUUGAAUGCCAAAGUAAGGUUUUAAUGAAAGACUUGUACUGUAUAUGGUGCAAGUGAAACCCAUUUAAUAUAUUUGCUUUAUAUUACAAAAAUAUAAUUUUCACUGCUAAUGCAUUAUACUGUGUAUUAUGUAUGUUAAGUAUGUUGUGUAACGGACUAUUAUGCAUUGCCAUUGUAAUAGUGCCAAAGAUGUUUUUAUAUUCUCACAAUUUUGCUAUGCAAUUAUAAAAAAAAACAAAAAAACUGCCAAAGAUUAAUAAAGUCUUUUUUUGCCC